UCCCAGCAACCUGUCAAGGUCCUUUCACCUGUUUUGUUUGUAGUUACGGGUCAUAGUUACCUGUGUUUGCAGUCUUCACCUGCCGUUUGAUCAAAGAAUAUUCUCGAAAACUGCGCUCUUAACACCUUAAUUUCACGAAAAUGUUAGUGAACUCUACGUUUAAAAAGAUACACGAAUAGAAACAAAAUUGGACCAAUUCGACAAUGAAGCAGGACAAAUACUCCUAUCUAAAACCGUUCCAGGACGAUGCAGAUCAGAAUCCUACCUCAGAAAAUUUCAUACGAUUAGGCGACGCCUACAUGCAGGUCCUCGAACCGGACGACGCUCUAAAAGCCUACGAAAGAGCCUUGGAAACCGAUCCCAAGAACCUUCUACUGAUCCAUCUGAUGGGCAAGGCUCUAAUAAAAACCCACUACUUCAAUCGAGCCGUAACGUUCUACAAAAAUUCCAUCAAAGAAAACGACGACGUCGAAUUGAAGAUCCAACUGUCCGAGUUGUAUAUGAACUUGAAGGAGUACCAAAAAGCCGAGUUGCUCCUGCUGGACGAGCUCCAGGAGAACGCUUUCGGCGAAGACGACGACUUGGCGUACCUGCGGAAGAAACUGCGACUGCAGAGCCUUUUGGCGCAAAUACAGGAGAGGAGCGGGAAUUUGAUAUACGCCAUGAAGAGCCUAAAAGACGCCAUGAAAACGCAAGAUAGAAUUAGAAAACGUUUAGCGGUGGAAUUCGACGACGUAGAAGAGGAGAAGAACAUCGUAUUGGACGAGCUUUCGGUGAAGCUGGGCGAAAUGGCUUUGAUGACCAACAAAACCGACCAAGCGAUUAAUUUCUACAAAGAAGGGUUGGAUAUGAUGCCGAAUAACAUCAACGUACUAGUCGCCUUGGCUAAAGCCUACAUGCAAGUGAAUAACCUCGAUUUAUGCCAGCAAACCUGCGCUCAAAUUCUCAAACAAAACUCCACCAACGAAACCGCUUCUCUACUACUAGCAGAAAUAGCUUUGAGGAAAGUAGAUUUCGACAUGGCGGGUUUCCAUUUCAUCCAAUUAGUUACCAAACAACCCACCAAUUGGCAAGCUCUAGCUCGAUUGAUAGACAUUUUCAGACGCAUGGGUAUCAUAGAAGAUUCAGUGCAGUACCUCGAUAACGCCAGUAAAUGUUGCGAUUCUAAAGACACUAAAUUCCUCUACUGCACCGCCUUGUACCAAAUGUACUCAGGCGAUCUAAACGGAGCCCUGAGGAACUUCAACAACGCCAAACCCGAUUCGAAGUUCGGUUUAAACGCCAUUUAUCACAUGAUCGACAUUUGCUUGAAUCCAGAAGAAGAAAUGUUCGCGCAAUUCAUGGAAGGUGACGACACCGAAUACAAAGAUUCCAGAACAAUGGCCAUUAAAACUGCCGAAAGAUUACUACGCGAGCUAAAAAUCAGAUUGGGUUCAAAUGCUGAAGACGUGCUAAAAUACAGACUGUUAGAUAACUUCAGGUUGCUUUCUACAAGGGAAAAAUUCAACAUCGAACGAGCGCUGGACGAUUUCUCCACCAUCGGUACCCAAAGCGGUUCAAAAGACAACAUCGGGACCAUACUAGGCGUCGCUACCGCUUACACUCUACUAAACCAAGGCAAACGCGCUAAAACCCAAUUGAAGCGCAUCUCCACGUCUCCAUGGUCCAUCGAAAAUUCCGAGUACCUGGAAAGAUCCUGGCUACUCCUGGCCGAUUACUACAUACAAGCGUCCAAGUACGAACCGGCUGCGCAGCUGAUCAAGAAGAUCCUCCAGCACAACAAGUCCUGCGCCAAGGCGCACGAGUACUCCGGCUUCGUGUCCGAGAAGGAGCAGAAGCACCAGGAGGCCGCCCUCCACUACGAGGAAGCCUGGAAGCUGGGCAGGAAGACCAACCCGGCCAUCGGCUACAAGCUGGCCUCGUGUCUGAUGAAGUGCAAGAAGUACCCCAAGGCCAUCGUCACCGCCCAGGAAGUGCUCAAAAUCAACCCGGAGUACGAUAAAAUCCGGAAGGACAUUCUGGAGAAGAGCUUGAACAAUUUGAGAAUUUGAUUGUGAUGUGUAAUAGAUGAUUUUAUAGAUGAAGUUGUUAGUUUUGAUGAUCAAUGUGGUGAAAAUCCAUUUCUGAAAUUAAAAAUUUUUGGUC